UCUUCUGUUUCUCUUUAUCUUGUCAUCAAAACUGAAAAUCCUUAAUUUUUACAGUAAUGGCGGAACCCAAAAUUAUCGAGCUCAACAAUGGAAGCAUGCAAGUCAAAGUCUCCAAUUUGGGUUGCACUAUUCUCUCCUUAUCUGUCCCAGAUAAAGAUGGGAAUUUGGGUGAUGUGGUUCUUGGAUUUGAUACCCUCGAGCCAUACCAGAAAGGUUUAGCCCCAUACUUUGGCAGCAUUGUGGGUCGUGUGGCAAAUAGGAUUAAAGAUGGGAAGUUUUCUCUGAAUGGAGUUGAUUACACUCUACCCAUCAAUAAGCCCCCAAACAGCCUCCAUGGUGGGCACAAGGGUUUUGACAAGGCUGUGUGGGAGGUUGCUGAACAUAAGGAGGGUGAACAUCCAUCAGUUACCUUUAAGUAUCAUAGUCGUGAUGGCGAGGAAGGUUACCCGGGAGAUCUUUCUGUUACUGCAACGUACACGCUUACCUCUAAGACGACACUCAGACUUGACAUGGAAGCUGUGCCUGCAAAUAAGGCUACUCCUGUUAGUUUAGCCCAGCACACUUAUUGGAACCUUGGUGGCCAUAAUUCAGGAGAUAUUCUCGACAACACAGCCCAAAUAUGGGCAAAUCAUAUCACUCCUGUUGAUCAGUACACGGUCCCAACUGGAGAAAUAAUGCCUGUUAAAGGCACUCCAUUUGAUUUCACCUCUGAAAAGCAGAUUGGCCGUGAUAUCCAGCAGGUUGGCUUAGGGUAUGAUCAUAAUUAUGUGCUCGACUGUGGAGACGAGAAAGAUGGCUUUAAGCAUGCGGCAAAAAUCAAGGAUCCUAAGAGUUCCAGAGUACUCGAUUUAUGGACCAAUGCUCCUGGCAUGCAGUUUUACACUGCAAACUAUGUCAAUGGAGUUGUUGGCAAAGGUGGAGCUGUUUAUAACAAGCAUGCUGGAGUCUGUUUAGAGACUCAAGGAUUUCCAAAUGCUAUCAACACACCAAAUUUUCCCUCUGUUGUCGUUCAGCCUGGUGACAAGUACAUACACAAUAUGGUGUAUGAAUUUUCAGUUGAAUAGAUUGUUUUAGGAUUUCUUCAAGAGCAAAUGAACUAAUAACGGUACUUCUUUUUAGCUUGUUAGUUCUGUGUCCUAUUUGCAACCAAUAAAGGUACACUUCUUCAAGAUGAAAAACCUUGGUAGUAUGAGUUGUGAGUAUCAGUAGAUUGUUUUAGGCUUUGUUUGAGUGAGUGACUUGUCAGCUUAUUUGCUUCUUUCGAUUUUAUUUUUUUAUUUGCAAAUAAUUGUUUGGUUACAA